AUGCUGCGUGCAUCUCAAUCGUCGCUUCGGUCGCUGCUCCUCCGUCCACGUCGUUUCAGCACCGUCACCCUCGAAGCUUCAGAAGGCGAGAUGAACGUGACUCGCCACAACUUUUCGAAGCACUUGAAAGACCUGCAGAAGGAUCUACAGCUACCAACUUGCCGCUUGGUCGCCAUCGACACGGAGUUCACAGGUUUAUCGCCCAAUGAGCUCGAGCGCGAACAAUACCUAGACACGCUGGAGGAGCGUUACCACAAAGUGAAGCGUGCAGGCGAGAGCUUCCUCAUCACGCAGUUUGGGCUCUCCAUUGUGCAUUUGGAUCAGAAGGAUCAGUUCCACAUAAAGACUUGGAACUUUUACGUAUUCCCAAGACCGUACGGCUCGCUGGACGAGCGCUUCUUGUGCCAAGCCUCCAGUCUGCAAUUUCUGUCGGAACACGGCUUCGACUUUAACAAGUUCAUUGGAGAUGGCAUCCCAUUCGUGAAUCUAGCCAAGACUCCAGCGAUGAAGAAGCGUCUGCAGCGUCGUAUUGACGGACUGACAAAGGUUAACAAGAACUUGCAACUAUCGGACGAUGGCAUGGCCUUCCAGAAGGACGUUAAGCAACAGCUGGCUAAAUGGAUCGCUGGUGGAGCCAAGAAGGGCGAGAAGCUGUUUGUGCCCACGAGGAACUCGUUUUACUCCAUGAUCGUGCAUGAGACAGCGCGUGCCAAGGCCAGUUAUCUGUACUCGGAAGCUGCCGACGGUGGCGUGCAGGUGUCGUAUUUGUCCAAGAAAAUGAAGGAUGAACUGAUCGCUGCUAAGGUGAAGGAGAUGAGAAAAGAGAUGGAUGAAGCCAUUGGCUUCUCCAAGGUGAUCGAGGCUCUGAGUGAGAGCAAACUGCCGGUGGUCGGACACAACGCUCUACUGGACUUUGUGUACGUCUUCCACCAGUUCUGUAAGCCCCUCCCAGAGACCUUAGCGGAGUUCAAGACGCAGCUUCUGGAGCUCUUCCCGACUAUCUACGACACAAAGCACGUUACUUUGCGGUCUCCUCUUGGCGAGAAGCUCAAGUCCACGGGUCUAUCGUCGCUGUUCGAGUACAUGCGUGAGAAUGUCAAGCCGGAGCCUGAAAGUCUCAUCCCUUCAGACAAGCGCUUCGAUACAUACCGUGAGGCUCUUAAGGCUGAAGCUGACGGCAACGAGAGCUUGCUGUGCCACGAGGCUGGCUUCGACGCGUUCAUGACUGCUGUGUGCUUCCUUGGUCUGUUAGCUCACGACUCCAAGGGUGAGUUACCUGACCAGCUCGUGCCUAAGGAAGGCAGCUCGGCUCGUCUUAAAGUGCGUCUGGAGGAGCUGGAGAGCUUCAAGAACCAGCUGAACCUCAUGAUCUCGGACCAGAGCUUCCUGGACCUUGGCAAUGUUGAACAGACGAUCGAUCGCGCUCGUGUGUACCGUGUAACUAGCACUACUAAGCGCCGGAUUCAACAUGUACGCAUGGAGGACGUGUUCGAGUCGUCCAAGGUGCAACGUAUCGUCCGUGAGAGCGACCAAGACGCGUAUGUUGUGCUCACGGAGCCUGCAACAGUGAACGACGAGGUGAAAACACAGCUGGGCUUGAACAUCUCCACGUACGACGAACAUGUAGCUGCUGAAGCCGAGACGGUUCGUGAGAGGAAGGAGCAGGCAGAUCUUAAGCUGUUUGAGAAGAUCUUGGCUGCCCGCGCCUCAACAUCAAGCGUAGAGACGAAGGAAGAGACAUCCUCGUGGAAUAGCUGCACGAUUUCGUAG